AUGUUUUACCGGGGUUCAACGGCACUAUCUCGCAGAGUAUUCUCUACAAUAGCUGCAACUCCAACGACAACCCCUAAAGACGAUAACGCAUCAUCAAAGUCAGUGAGUGAAGCUAAGAGCGAUCCUCUGCAUAAACAAAUAUUCCUGCAGAAGUUUCGUGAGCGAUUGGCGAAUGAUACGACUGGUAAAAACUCACUGGAGAAUUUCUUUGAUCUCCCCGAAGGUCUCCCACCCACUGCCGCGGCGAUUGGACCGUUAAAGCGCGGUGAGGAGCCACUACCACCGUGGCUAAAACUAAAAGUUGCAAAAGGUAUUUCACAACGACCACGGUUUAAUAAAAUCCGUCGAUCUAUGCGGGAAAAACGACUGGCGACGGUUUGUGAAGAAGCCAAAUGCCCAAAUAUUGGUGAAUGUUGGGGUGGUGAUGAGGAGGAAGGAACUGCCACCGCAACUAUUAUGGUGAUGGGAACACAUUGUACACGUGGAUGCCGCUUUUGCUCUGUAUUGACAAGCCGCAAACCUCCACCACUUGAUCCUCAGGAACCUGAAAAAGUGGCGGAUGCCGUUUCUGAAAUGGGAGUUGAUUACAUCGUCAUGACCAUGGUGGAUCGUGAUGAUUUACCAGAUGGUGGGGCAUCCCAUGUUGUACGGUGUAUUAAUACUAUUAAAGAGAAAAAUCCAAAAGUACUUCUUGAAGCUUUGGUGGGUGAUUUUCAUGGUGACCUUAAACUUGUUGAGAUGGUCGCUACCUCACCACUCAGUGUGUAUGCACAUAAUAUUGAAUGUGUUGAACGCAUUACACCUAAUGUACGUGAUCGUCGAGCUUCAUACCGACAGUCACUCAAAGUACUCGAACACGUAAACACUUUUACGAAGGGUGAAAUGCUUACGAAGAGUAGUAUUAUGUUAGGACUUGGUGAAAAGGAAGAAGAAGUGAGACAAACGUUGCGGGAUUUGCGUACUGCUGGCGUUUCAGCCGUAACCCUUGGUCAAUAUCUGCAACCCGCACGUACACGUCUAAAAGUCAGUCGCUAUGCACAUCCAAAGGAAUUUGAAAUGUGGGAAAAGGAGGCUUUAGAAAUGGGUUUCUUGUAUUGUGCAUCAGGGCCUAUGGUGCGAAGCUCAUACCGAGCUGGUGAGUACUAUAUAAAAAGUAUCCUCAAACAACGCCAAGAUGCAGCUAAAACAGUAGAUCCAUUGAGUUCUACUACUACUACUACUACUACUACUCUCUCUGGUAGUAGUGUUGAUUCUGAUAAUAAAGAUAGUGGUGCUAAUUCUACUACUUCCUUGGGGAAUUAA